GAGAGAGAGGGGAGGACUGUAUAAUUAUUAAUUGGGAUAAAUGACACAGUGAACAGAAGUGCUGUCAGAGGUGUUGAGGAUUUUUGAGAGAAGUGGGGUUGUCAUGGAGGUCCAGCUGAUGGAUGAGGUGACCUUUAGCUGAGACACAAAGGACAAAACUGGCAGAAAUUAGGUAAAAAGAGCAAAGGGAAUACAUUAAAACCUAGAAUUGAUUUCUAAAACCAGACCGCUUUCCCUUUCAAUGUCUUAAAUCAACAUGUAGUAAGCGUGCAUAUUUAUAGGAUCAAUGUGAUAUUUUAACAGAGGCAAUACGGUGUGCAUUGAAAAAAUUGGGAAUUUAAGAUCUGUGCGUUUUCAUAAUAUAUUUAUGUUUGGGACAAAAUUUUGAAACUUUGAAAGGAAAUGUAGAAUUUCUUCACUACUUUCUUACGUAUAUGCCAGUAUGUAUGUAUUUAGGAGUACGGUUCCGACUGAAGUUUGAUUUCCUGAUUAGGAGAGAAAGAUAAGUUAUGGUCUCCUUUUUCUGUGGCCUUUCAAUAAGCGCUUGUUAAUUGACACGAGCUCUUCGCCUUGAUGCCGUCUUGGCAGAGCCUGCCGCUCUGUGCAAGAUCUGUGAAAUUAAAUCUAAUGUUAAUUUACUCACGGGCACAAGUAACAUAAAUCAAGACAAAACAUCCAACUCAAACAAAUAGCUGACUAAUCUUGACAACAAAAUUAUGAAGGGAGGUUUAAUUCUUCAGUUUGUUGACAGCAGUUGGAACAGUGGAUAAUCAAUAAAUACAUGAAGGGAAAAUAGUCAUACUGGGUUAUUAAUCAUAAAAUUCUCUAGCUGAAUGAAUCGGAUUAAUAUUAGUCAUUACAAUGGUUUUGUGGAUGGAGUCCAAAGUUUGGUUAUUAGUUGGUUUAGAAGGGUCUUAUCUGUUUAUUCCUCUCAAAAUAAUAGUGGCAUGGAUUUAUAAAUUAUAGUUAUUAUAAACAUGUGCAUAUUUUCAGAACUUGCAUAUGAUCCAUCAUUCUUUAUAAUAGACUAUGUAUUUUGAUAUAUGAAUGUAUACCUAGUCCUCAUAUAUCAUGUCAUUAUACUUACACAGACAUUAUGUGGGCAUAAGUAAUAGAUUAUUUACCUCCAUCCCCAAAUCUUCUCAAAUUGAAUAUGAUUUUUAUAUAUGGGACAGUACCUGAGAAACCUUAGAACUAAUCUAUCUUUGACUUUCUCUCUACAUAAGCCACUAUGUUCCUCCUCUUGAGACAAAGGAUUUGUUUAUUUGAUUUGUCCAAAGACCUGCACUCAUCUUUAGUGAAAGCAUCAGCCUGCUAGAGCUGUGUAACACAAGACAAGCCUGCUCCUUUGAAUUGCUGCUUAGUUUGACUAUUACAUGGUAAAGAAAAUUAUUAUUUAUGUACUUAGAAUUUUUUAAAGCUAAUCCCCUAUGGUUUUUCUUCUGUGUGUCAUGAAGGGAUCAUAGAAAAGGCAAGGAGGUGGACCUCUGAAUAAGAAUUAUCAGUGAUUCCUCUUACCCCAGCGGCAAGCCAGAUGGGCACAAGUCUAUGUGUAGGUCUAAAUGAAGAUCUUUGACAGCCGGGCAGGAGCGGAAGCAGCCAAAAACGCAUUGAAUGGUAUUCGCUUUGAUCCGGAGAACCCGCAGACCCUGAGGCUAGAGUUUGCCAAAGCCAACACCAAGAUGGCCAAGAGCAAACUAAUAGCGACACCAAAUCCCACCAGUGUCCACCUUGCUCUAGGAGCACACUUGAUCGCCCGGGACCCUUAUGACCUGAUGGGGACUGCUCUGAUUCCUGCAUCCCCAGAGGCCUGGGCCCCUUACCCUCUCUACACCACAGAGCUGACCCCAGCCAUUUCACAUACCACGUUCACCUACCCAGCUGCCACUGCUGCUGCUGCUGCCGCCGCCACCCUACAUGCUCAGGUGCGCUGGUACCCCUCCUCUGACACCACCCAGCAAGGAUGGAAGUACCGCCAGUUCUGUUAGCUCCUCAGUCUUGUCACCCUGGAGUUGGUCCUGGGUUGUGUGGGGCCAAAACAGGGCUCUGCCCUCACUGCCACCCGAGGCCUGUGCGGAACUGCUGCUUCCCUCUAGACACUGUGAAUCUGAAGCCUGAC